AUGAAUAAUCUGAAAGAAUCUGAUGAAGAUUGUCUAGUUGAGCAGAUGAUGGUGAACAAAGCGUUGGAGGUUGAGAAACAGAUGGCUGAGAACAAAGCAGAGGAGUGGAAGAUUAAGUUUGAGAAACUCGCUGAGACGGUUCAAAAACUAGAUGAAGUUGGUGCGUUUAGAGAACUGGAGUUAGAUGAGGAUGUGAGGGUAGGAUUGGAGUUAGCUGGUGUCAAGUUCCCAUUAGGAGAGAAAAAGAUUGAGUCUUUGUGUAGGGAAGGGAAUCAUCAGGUUUCAGGUUGUACACCACCUUAUGUUACUACACCGGUUAAAGACUAUAUGCCAGGGAGAAACAAAGAUGAUGUUUCUUCUCGUAGAAGAGUGAAUAAGAUGUUGGUGUUUGAAGGUGAUGAUAAUGUAGUUGAUUUAUCUGAUAGUGAAAGAGAUGAGGAAAAUGAUGGUAAGGAUCCUUUAGAGGAGAAGACAAGUGUUGGUGAAGAAGAGGAAUAUGAAGAUGAAGAUGUGGGAGCUUGUGAGGUUAACACAAACACUAGUCGUAAGAGGAAACGUGUUAUUACCAGCGACUCAGAGAAUGAUAAUGAUGAUAAUGAUGAAGAUGAUAAUAUACCAAUUGCAACACUCAAGAACCUGAAACCACAGAACCAUAAGGCAGAAGAGAAUGUCUCUGGAGGGUUUAGGAGGAAGCGUCGAGCGUCGUCAAGACUGAGAAAACAGAGAGAUCUUGAAGAUAUGUCUGAAGAACAUCCAACAGAGAGAGUUGUAGGAAUCCCAAUAACCGGUGAUGCUGCUGAGGAUGAUGAGACAGAAGAAGAGUCAGAGGGCGAGAGUUUGGGUGGGUUUAUUGUUCCUGAUGAGCCUGCAAAUGAGGAGGGAUCUGAAGAUAUUGUACCGGAAGAGGAGGAAUCUGAUGGAGAAGCCGGUUUAGCUGACGUCAUGGCAAUGCUGAGGAGAGACAAGAAACCUGGUGAACAUAAAUGGGAGUUCGAGGGAGAGAUGCUAGCAGAUUUCGGCAAAGACCCUGAGCUUUGUAUGAGAGCGGUUUGCGUUCUGUACAGGUUUCAAACGGAAGGUGAGAAGGCUACAAGGUCGACUCUUGUCGCUAACGGUCGUGGUUUCAGCAUGGCUGACGCUGACAGGGGCACUCGCAUAGGACAGUUUCUAACAGAUGGAGAUCCCGAGGGUGAUUUGAAGAAAUCGGUUGAGGAGUUGCGUAGUUACAAUUCUAACGCCGUGGAGAUUUGUAGUGAUUUAGCGAGACGAUACUCGAAGCAACUGUUUGAGAUCUAUAACAAUAGAGAAGAUCCAUUCUUUGCUGCUCCUCCAUCUCCAUGACUUUGAUAGCAAAGCUCAUGGUGAUCAUGUGUUCGUUAUGGUAUAAGUCAACAGCUAUCUAGCUUUAAGGUUUGGUUUUCUUGUAAAUUUUAGACUGGUUUGAGAUUAAUCUAAUGUAAUUAGGCACUGAAUUCGCUUUCUGGUUGUAAGUACAAGGAUAUGAUCUGGACUACGAAAAUGAUUU